AUGAAAGAGAUAUUUGUGUUUAUAACAAUAAUUUCUGUGUUGGUGUGCUAUGUGCACUGUCAGACACUCAACAACUUGUAUAUAUAUGUCGAUCCGUCCUCAACAUAUAACGAGACUUUAUGUGGAUCAUCAGCAAACAUCUCAUGUCCAACGAUACAGGAUGCACUCAACUCGUACUACUCAAACAACCCUCAACAAAAUGACACGAUGGUCAACAUCAUCCUCGCACCUGGAAAGUACAUCAACACUGUCGAUAAAGCGAAUGGAGCUGAGAUCUAUCAUGGAACCAAUGUCACCAUUGUAUCAGAGUUUGAGGACCAACCUGCUGAGAUCAUGCUCAACGGUCGAACAUUCCUCUUUCAUGAUGGCAUGCUCAAUUACGCGCCAUUCACAUCAGUCAACCUAACAAACAUCAACAUAAAUGGCGGCCACGACCCAAGAUUCACUGAUCCCCUUCUAUUGUUUAACGGCUACGCUAGCCCGAUCAAUGUCACACUCAACCGAGUCAAUGUGUACAACUCCUCUAGUUACACCUUUAUGAUUGAAAUCAAUAACUUGGAUACUAAUAUGACACUGUACAACCAGUCAUACCUGACCAUCACCAACAGCACAUUCAAAAACAACGCCAAUGUGCUUAGUGUACUCUUCAUCGAGGGCAUCACAGCAUUCAUUGACAAUUGCACCUUUGACAACAACACCCAAUUCGGAGCUUUCAACUUCCCAGUGAGCUCCAUUACCGUGACCAACUCCAACUUCUCCAACAACCAACUGGCGACUGAGCUCAUGUUCUCGGCCGAUCGUGUCGCCCAAUUGACAAUGGACAACUGUGUGAUUGUCAACAACACUGAUCAUGCGACAUUCGAGAUCUGCUUGAUGCUGUUCCAGAACAUUAACUUUACAAUGAGCAACACACUCAUCAUCAACAAUGAUGUCCAGAAUAUUAUGGCUCACUCAAACUAUGAUCCACCCAAUGUGUUCAACCUGAUCAAUGUCACAGUAAGUGGUGGACUGCAGACAGACCAGCCAUUCAUCGAUCUUGUCGGUGGCAAUAUGACCUUUAACAAUGUGCACUUGCUGAAUGGUCAGCGUCUCCUCAAUUGUCCACUCACAUGCAAGUUGUUGAGUGGUGAGUUCUCAUGUCCGACCAAACACCAGCUUCCCAAACAUCUCGGAUGGAUCAUUGCCGGAUCAGUGCUUGGAUUCAUCUUUGUUGCGUUCAUGGCAUUCUUCAUCUGGAGGAAGGUGAAGAUGAAUCGACAACAGUAUCAAUCAAUACAA